GAGCACUUGAGGAAACCAGCUUCAAAGAAGGAAAUUACUACAAAGGAAUAACCUGAGUCAAAUUCAUCAGAGCAGCACUGAACAGUUUUAAUAGUUAUCACAAUCCCCGAGUGCUUCAAAAAGGAAUAAAUGAUAAAACAGAAAAGAAAAUGACUUCUGCUGAGAAGCUAUCAUCAAGUUCUGAAACAGAGAAAGCCAAGGCUGCUUCACUGCCGCCCUGUGCAAAUCCUGGCAAUCCUGUGUUUUCCUGCAUGUUGGACCCGAAGGCAUUAACUACCAAUAAUUUUUUGACAAAGCCUCAGCUUUUAUUAUUUAAAACAACUUCAAGUGAUUAUGGUGCCAUACCACCUACCUCACAGAUGGUACCCUGUAAAUACCAUGCAAAAGUUCAAACAUUUUCAAAACAACUAUUAACUUGUGGAUUGCGACAACACAAUUAUAUCAACACUGCCAUUGACAAAAGUAGGGUCUAUGACUACCCAAACCUGCAGCACACUCUGUAAAAGUGUGUUCCUGUAUUUUUCCUUUAUUUGCUGAAACACUAGUCUUCUAGAUUUGGCUUGUUAUUUUUAUUAUACCCAAUUAUUUUAUUAGUAUCAGAUAAGAUGGAGACAACGUAAGUGACUAUUUCUGAAUAUUUUUUCUGCACUCAAGUAAAAUAUAUACAUUUUAAAUAAAACUCUUGAAAUUAACUUGAUCUGCACCCCCUGUAGGACAGUGGUAUAAAUACAGAAUAUGGCUCAAUAUCUUUCUGGUAUAAACAGGUUGUCUUUUAAUAAGUUGGUACUCCACCUUCAGUCUUAGUAUAUUAUGCUACUUACUCAGAACUUAAUUCUGCACAUGUUCAAUGAUUAAGAAAGCUGGAACUUAAAAGUCGUUUCCCCUUCAUACAGCAGAUUUCCAUGGACAUUUUAGAGAAAGCACAGAAAGAUGAUUUCUCAUAGGUCAGGGGUAGAUGCUUUGAUCUAUUAGAACACUAUAUAGGAGUAGGGAGUAAUGAGCAAUUCGCAUAAGGUGUCCAGAGACGGGCUAUGCAUUCUGCUUCCUAGCUAUUUGAGAGAAGAUGCCAUCUAACAUCAGAGUUUUUACUCAAACUAUUCUUUGAGAUUUUAUAGUAGACAGAUGUUAAAUCUACAGUUACUGUUACAAUAUAGUUCCCAUGCAGACUACAAAUUAGGUUGAAGAGUACACUAUUGUUUAACUAUGAAAAUGACAAGCACUGAAGUUCUGUAUUUAAACAGAGAUGGGUUUGAUUUGUGGUUUGGUUUAGAAUUGAUUGACUUAUUCCUCAGUUUAGAAAUCAAAUCUGUUUAAAAGACUACAUCUAAAACAGGCUCUGGAAAUAAGAGUAUUCACUACCUGGAAUAAAUGAUGUGGGAGAAAAAAAAAACAAAAAACAGCUUACAAUAAAUUUUAUAUUUCAGCCAGAUAAUAUCUUGUGAA